AUGGAGAAGAAGGAGGCGAAGAAGAAGAUGGAGAAGAAGAAGAAGAAGAAGAAGAAGAAUGAGAAGAUGGAGAAGAAGGAGGCGAAGAAGAAGAAGAAGAAGAAGAAGAAGAAGAAGAAGAAGAAGAAGAAGAAAGCAACCCAUGGCGUACACGUUCGACAACAGAGGUAUCUUGGAAGCCGAGGGUUUGUGCUCUAAUCGAGGCAAAGUAAACCAAAACGCAGCCGACGAUCCUUACACCACGCGUUGUAUAGUAAGUACCGACAUAACACGGAAAGGUAGGGCUACCCUUUAGGAAGGAACAGAUUACGGAGAGGGGGCGAAAACCAAAGGCAGCCUAACGCCAAAUCUUUUAUCACUAAAAAAGCAUCACACUGAAACAACUCGGAGCAUGUGAUUAUAUCAGUGUGCCAGGUAGCGCACAAAGGCUGACAGCCUGUAGCUAUGAAAUAAUAAACCGACAAAGGCCUACUAAAACAUGUAUAGUAGACAGUUACACGUAAAAAACCUAGAGGGUCUACACAGCCUACCCUUACUCAACAAACAAUGAGAAGUCAUUGUCGAAGCAGUAUAAACCUAGAACAAUUUAUUAAAUUCUCAUGGAGCAAUUCAGAAGAGUGUUUGGCGAGCUUGCGCAUGCUUUCGAUAAGUUCUCAUCGGGCCUGUACAUGUGUAUGGGAACGAGGUACAAACUGGACGUGUGAGUAAUAAGUGCAAUCGAUUAUGGUUCGUCUUUUCAUACAAGCGGGGUAUGUGAAUAGAGUGGGAGAGGAGGGGAGGUAGUCAGUGACAGUGAGGGUUAGGUUGAGCCGUGUCAUAAUGGGGGGAGGGAAGGAGGUGGGGGCGCGAAGACCUGCAUACAGUUAAUCAAUCCUAGUCCACGGUAGACGCGGAGUGUGCAAAAGGUUCUUCUGUGCACACAGGACCGACCUCUGUAGCCUGAUGGCAGUUGCCUCUGCUGUUGCUAGUACGCGCUGAACCAGUCGUUUAGGAUAGUUAGGUGAAUCUCGUAAAUCACAUGGAAGACUUCGUUGGGAUACACACGAUGCCCAGAAUCAACUAUGCGUGCGAGGAUGGAGCUGCGUAUACUCCUGACUUAACCCUUCGUCAGCCAUGCCGGAAGAUGUUCUCGUAUGUUUACGGAUACGCGCCGACUCGUACGACCAAUGUAGCCUGCUCCAUGGAGCAAGUAAAGCAGUAAAUGCACACGGAGGUGGUCUGAGCUGGUAGCCUAUUCUUACCUUAACCGCGUAAGACGGGGUUGGUCGAAAAUAAUGCUUGGACCCCUGCUGCCGGGAAGGUCCGUGAAACGGCUUGGUCAAGGCGCCUUCUCAGGAGCUCACCCGUCGCGUCCCCUUGAAAGGGGACUUACAGGAACGGAGUUUUCUCUUCUGCGGUCGGUAUGAUGAGGUUUGCCGGUCGUUCGGCAAGAUUCCUUACAAUAAAUCUGCCAGGAUACCCGUUCUCGCGAAGUAAGUCCUGGAUUCUUCUAAGUUUUUCACCAACGCUAUCUGCCGAACAGAGAUUUCUAGCCCUUUGCGCCAAACAGCGGACCAGAUUACGUUUCUGUUGAAAGGAUACGAAACUGUAGAAGUUCGUUUAUUGUCCAGACCGGGGUUCUUUCAAUAGACGCUUCUUCGGAUGCUGCCGUCAGUUCCUCUGCUUAGGCGUACGUCUAGGAAUGACAGGGCGCCUGCCUUUUCCACCUCCAAUGUAAACCUGAUCUACGAAUGGGCUUGAUUUACAGUAUCCAAGAGGGCGGUGAUGUCGGUUUCUCUGGCGCCCAUUGCAAAGAUGUCGUCAACGUAGCGACCGUAGUGCCUUAACUUAUUGAUUUGGUCGUUUAACUGACAAUUCUCCAACUUGCCCAUGAAGACAUCGGCUAGGAGAGGACCAAGAGGUGAGCCCAUAGCAACUGCGUCUAUUUGUCUAUAUAUUUGGUUGUCAAAAAGGAACAACACAUUUUGUGUGCACUUUAGUAAUAUUUACUUAAGGGCGCUCGUCGGAAUACCUAUUUCAAGGUUAAGGAUUUACAGGAACUCAACUGUCUCCGUGACCGGGACGUCUGUGAAGAGUGAUGAGACAUCAAGUGAAGACAUCACCAUACCGUUUCAGUUUAGGUCUUUAACGUCCUUGAUGAAUUCGAAGGUGUCUCGGUAGUUAUGUGGUGCCAGUUGAUACUGUAGAGGUUUGUUUUUCUCAGCUAACCAAUCCUCUAUAGCAUGAUAGGGAGAGUUGAGCAUGUCCAAGAUCGGACGGACUGGCAGGCCGUUAUUGUGGAUCUUCGGUAGACCAUAAAAUCGAGGAAUGUGUGUGCCUACUGGGCGGAGGUUUUCAAAUUCGCGAUCGCUUAUGAAGCCUCCUGCAUGGAGUCUGCGCAAGCAGUCUGUUAGUUGUGCUUCUACUUCGUCUGUGGAAUCUUUCUCUUUGUCGGCUUUCCUGAAUUUCCUCGAUCUCACAAUAUGGACUGUAUUUUCGCCACAUAAUCCGACCUAUUUAUCAUAACCACGUGUGCUUUUGUUAUCCGAUCUAAUUACCAUAAUCGAUUGCACUUAUCACUCGUUCCUCGUUCCCAUAUAAAUGUACAGGCCCGAUGUGAAUUUAUCGAAAGCACGACUAAGCUCGUUCUCGUUUCGAAAAGAUAAAUUAAGUAGUGAUGUAAAACUAAUCAUGAUGCAGCAUAAAUUUAUAAUGAUCCAGUUACCGCAGGGUGUCGGCUUUUGAAUGAACUUAUUUUCGGUUGCAUGCAAGAUCUAUACUCUGCAAAAAAUGACUACUUAAGUAGAAUGCCAUUUUCUCAUUGAUUUUCGAUGCCCUUGAAAAUUCAAUCAUAUUUCUUGGAAAACAUGCAUAACAAUAUCAUUCUUUUACCUAUUCGGUAGAAAAUCACGUCCUCUUCUAAUUUCAUACUCAAAAGGAGAGUGUUAUUCGGUUUUAAAAAAGUUUCUAAUUGUGAGAUUUUUUAAUACCGUUAAAUGGCCGUUCAUGAAACGUCAUGUAUCUGCAUUUAUGAAUGUGGCUUGUAAAGUUAACAAUAUUGCAUGCAUUUCUCUACGGUGUUAAGAGGAGACCAUAUGAGGUUCAUAAAAUUAAGCAGUGGAUUUGAGCAAGAUUGUUAACUUUACAAGCCACAUUCGUAAAUGCAGAUACAGGACGUUUCAUGAACGGCCAUUUAACGGUAUUAAAAAAACUCACAAUUAGAAACUUUUUUAAAACCGAAUUAUACUCCUCUUUUGAGUAUGAAAUUGGACGAAGACAUGAUUUUCUACCGAAGAAGUAAAAGAAUGGAUAUUUUAUGCAUGUUUUCUAUGAAAAAUAAUUGAAUUUUCAAGGGUAUCGAAAAUCGAUGAGAAAAUAGCAUUCUAGUUAAGAUGUCAUUUUUGCAGAGUAUAGAUCUUGCAUGCAGCCGAAAAUAAGUUCUUUCGAAAGCCGACACCCUGAGGUAACUGGAUCAUUAUAGAUUUAUGCUGCAUCAUAAUCAGUUUUACAACACUACUUAAUUUAUCUUUUCGAAACGAGAAUGAAUUUCGAAAUUUUGGUUGACAUUUCAUGAGUUAGCACAUCUACUGUACUCUUCUGAUUUUAGUAAAUUUAGUUUACUGUCUUCAGCUUGAAUACGGAGCGGACUUUUGUUGGGUUAAAGGACGUCAGCCGCAAGUGAGCAAAAAUUAAAUUGCCAGUACUAGCUAGUCAGUUUGAUAGAGGCUUACAAAUUUCAGACUGGCGGAACACACGAUACCUUGCCUUCGAGUUCUCCAACUUGGACCUUUCCGAAGUUGCCUUCUCCCAAUUUCUCCUUCUCGAGCGUGAAGUCCUCAAGGUUCUUCCUGGAUUUCGCGAAAUCUGCACAGCGCUCAAUGUCCGUUAUUCUGACGAUAGGUUCCCCCUUUCUGCUGAUUGGCUCUCCGAUCUCGAUGUCCGCCUUAGAAUGGAACAAAAACGGGUGUGCUUAUUGCUCCAUGGUAGGAUUCACAUGUAAUUUCUCUAAAACAACCACCCACUUGCAGACAAAAUGUUAUAGAAAGUCGUCGAAAAAUGCUCCUAUUCCCUAAGAACGAGAAAUAAGGCGUACCUUUUUGAAAGCUGACGCAAGUUUGGAGAGAUAUUUGAGAUAGGAUAGGACGGAACAAUGGAACAAUGUAACAAAAUGGGUUUGAUUAUUGAUGCUUGGUGGGAUUCAAAUUUAACUCCUCUUAAAUCAUUACAUACCUGUAGUCAGUGUCGGUGACUUCCUUGCAAACAGCAGUCUUCCUUCUUUAUAACAUACGACAAAGUCAGGCGUUGAUCAUGGACAAUUAUCCACCAGAAGUGCAGCACAUUUUGACACCCGCCUCCGGCAUUCUUAUGGCCACGCAAAUUACUCAGAUGGUCGAUCGGCUUAUGGAGAUGCAUGGUUUUUCCAAGCCGUCACCUGUAGCACUCUCAACUCCUCCUGCGUCUCCUCUUUCGCAGAUGGAGAUCGGACUUACCAGGCUGGCUGAUGAUGUAACUUCUCUCUGAAGGCAAACAGUUUUUUCCUCAUCUCAGCGCCAACCGAAGCCUUCCACCCCGCAUGUCCAGUCUCCGCGUUCAGCCUGUUCAAACACAGCCGCCAUCUGCUGGUAUCACGCCACAUUUGGUGUUAAAGCCCGUCGCUGCAUCUCUCCCUGCCCCUUCACCUCCAAGCAGAGCAAAUGCGUUAAACAGGUCAGCCCGAAGGUCAGUGCAGCCAAUCUUCACGACAGCUUUAACCCUGGUUGCACAUUUUACAUCCGCAACACCCGGAGUGGCAGAAGUUUCUUGGUUGACAUUAGUGCCCAGUUAAGUGUCAUUCCACGCACACCAGCUGCUCUUCCGUGUCCCAAUCACGGCCUUUUCCUACAGGCCGUCAACACAUCGCCAAUUACCGCCUUCGACACCUGCUCCCUCUCUCUGGACAUCGGCCUCCGGCGUCUUUUCCCUUGGGUCAUCGUCGUUGCUGACAUCCCCUGUGCCGUUCUCGCUGCAGACUUUCUCGCCGCUUUCGAUCUUCUGGUCGACUGCCUUCAGUCUCGUCUACACGACAAGACCACCAAUCUCACCGUUCGGGGUAUCUCUUCCUCCGACGCUUCCCGUAAACUCGCUGUCUUGGACCCCGAACCCGAGAAUCCAUUUUGGCAACUCCUCGCCAAAUACCCCGGUCUCACUCGUCCCGACUUCAGCACUUCCAUUCCGCCAUUUCAUCCGGACUACUGGCCCUCCCGUGUUUUCUCGACCCCGUCGUCUCGCGCUUGCACGUCUUGCUGUCGCCAAGGCCGAGUUUAA